UAUUGCAACCCCCAGUUGGCUUGUUUCCGGAGAGAAUAUGAUUACCUGCUAUGGUAAUAUCCAGCACCUUGCUUGUGACACUGGACUGAUAAAGGUGAAGUCUACUAUAUAUGGACGUACAAACCGUGACACCUGUAGUAAUCGGCCCCCUUCUGAGGUUGCUAACACCAACUGUGCCUUGAGUAUUUCUACUAUUGCUGACAGGUGCAAUGGACUAAGAGAGUGUGAGGUAAAGACUGAUUUACUUGGCAACUCUGACCCAUGUUUUGGAACCUACAAGUACUACAACACCACUUAUGACUGCAUCACUGGCCAGAACACUGUGAUCUGUGAGCAAGGCUACAGCACGCUGGACUGUGGAGAUGGUUGUAUUCAGAUCAUAAAUGCAAACUAUGGCCGGGCUGAUUCACUAACCUGCGUAAAUGGACUUUUCAGCAGUUUGUUCCAGAACACCAACUGUUACGCUCCAAACACACUCUCCAAAGUGGCCUCAAUGUGUAAUGGAAAGAAGACAUGCACUGUUCAAUCUUCAUACACCAUUUUUACCGAUCCUUGCUCUUGGACUGCUAAAUACCUCACUGUGUCCUACAAGUGCAAUAGGACACUUGUGACCUGUGAAGGCAAUACUGCUAUACUGACAUGUGGUGCUCGCCGUAUAAAUAUUAUCAGCGCUAACUACGGUCGAACCGAUUCCACCACAUGUUCUUCUGGACGACCUGCCAGUCAACUCACUGUCACAAACUGCUACACACCUGAUGCACUAAAUAAAGUUGCAUCUAGAUGUGAGGGACAGAGCAGCUGUAACGUGCCUGCUACAAAUGAUGUCUUCUCUGACCCAUGUUUUCUCACUUAUAAGUACCUGACAGUUGUGUACUCCUGUUUCUAACUAAGUUUAUCUUUCUUACAUAU